ACAGUCCUGAAGGCUUCAAACUACAUAAUAUAGAGCAGGAGCUUGAACUGGUGAUACGAUAAAAAAAAAAUUGUGGAGUGAUUUUUUUUUUCGUUUCGAUUUCCAGAGUUGGUGGGGCCAUGGUGGGUCUUAUACUGCUAACGCUGGCCGUGUGCCACGGUGUGUCUGCGUACACUUUACAGGAACCUGAUACGAAGCUUGAUGAAUUAUUGUAUCGAGACUUGGGAUUCCUGGAUCGCAUGCUAAUAGAGGAGAGAUCGGAAGCCGAGACUAGUAAGAUGAACCUUGUUGGGAAACCAGUGAAGCAAUCUUCACAGUACGGUAGCGCCAAACCUCAAAGAGCCAUUGACGGGGUGCUGAACUCAAAUUGGGCAGGAAAGUCAUGCUCAUCGACAAAGUUUCAGAGGAAUCCGUAUUGGCAAGUUGACCUCCAAACGGAACACUGCAUCAGCAAGGUCACCGUGCUUAACAGAAGGGACUGCUGUCCGGCGAGGUUGCACAGCGCUCUCGUUAGAGCUGGGCCUAGUGUCGAAGUUGCCUAUAUCCCGGCAUGCGGUACCCGCGUGACCAAGCAAGAAGCUUUCGUGAGAGGCGGUACGAUCGUCAGGGAGUGUGAGCGACCGCUACGGGCACGUUACAUCACCGUUGGAAUAUUAAGUAGUAGAGCCAUGCUCACGAUCUGCGAGGUGGAGGCGUAUGAACUGCCGAUGUUAUACUGCAUAGACGAAUGCGAAAGCGAUCCAUGCCAGAACGGCGCCACUUGCGAGGAUGGCCUGGGCGAGUUUUCCUGCAUAUGUGAGUCGGGUUUUACGGGAGCCUUCUGUGAAACCAACAUUGAUGAGUGUGCGAGCGAUCCAUGCAAGAAUGGCGCCACUUGCGAGGACGGUAUCAACCAGUUUUCCUGCACGUGCGCUACGGGUUUUACCGGAACACUCUGCGAAACUAACAUUGACGAGUGUGCCAGUGAUCCAUGCCAGAACGAUGCCACUUGCGAGGAUGGUAUCAACGAGGCUUCCUGCACAUGCGCAGCAGGCUACACAGGAGCUCUCUGCGAAUCUAAUAUUGAUGAAUGUGCCAGCGAUCCAUGCAAGAAUGGCGCCACUUGCGCGGACGGCAUCAACGAUGUUUCCUGCACAUGCGCAGAAGGUUUCACCGGAGCUCUCUGCGAAACUAACAUUGAUGACUGUGCCAUUGAUCCAUGCCAGAAUGGCGCCACGUGCGUGGAUGGUAUCAACAAGGUUUCCUGCAAAUGCGCAGAUGGCUUCAUCGGAUCUUUGUGCGAAACUAACAUUGAUGACUGUGCCAGCAAUCCAUGCCUGAACGGUGCCACCUGCACGGACGGCAUCAAGCAGGUGUUAUGCACAUGUGCAGAAGGAUUUACCGGUGCUCUCUGCGAAACUAACAUUGAUGACUGUGCCAGCGAUCCAUGCCUGAAUGACGGUACGUGUGCGGACGGUAUCAACGAGGUUACCUGCACAUGCGCAAUAGGCUUUACUGGCUCACUGUGCGAAAUUGACAUUGAUAACUGUGCCAGCGAUCCAUGCCUGAAUGGCGCCACUUGCAAGGAUGAUAUCAACCAGGUUUCCUGCACAUGCGUACAAGGCUUCACCGGAGCUCUCUGCGAAACAAACAUUGAUGAGUGUGCCAGCGAUCCGUGCCAGAAUGGCGCCACUUGCGCGGACGGUAUCAACGAGGUUUCCUGCACAUGUGCAGAAGGAUUCACCGGAGCUCUCUGCGAAACUAACAUCGAUGAGUGUGCCAGCGAUCCAUGCCUGAAUGGCGCCACUUGCGCGGACGGUAUCAACAAGGUUACCUGCACAUGCGCAGAAGGCUUCACCGGAGUUCUCUGUGAGACUGACAUUAAUCACUGUGCCAGCGAUCCAUGUCAAAAUGGGGCCACUUGCCAGGAUGGUAUCAACGAGGUUUCAUGCACAUGCGCAGAAGGCUUCACGGGAUCUCUUUGUGAAACAAACAUUGAUGAAUGUGCCAGCGAUCCAUGCAAGAAUGGCGCCACUUGCAAAGAUGGUGUGAACGAGGUUUCCUGCACAUGCGCAGAAGGUUUCACCGGAGCUGUCUGCGAAACUAAUAUUGAUGAGUGUGCCCGCGGUCCAUGCCUGAAUGGCGCAACUUGCGAGGACGGUAUCAACCAGGUUACCUGCACAUGCGCAAAAGGCUUUAUUGGCUCACUGUGCGAGACUGACAUUAAUCACUGUGCGAGCGAUCCAUGCCAGAAUGGUGCCACUUGCCAGGAUGGUAUCAACGAGGUUUCAUGCACAUGCGCAGAAGGCUUCACGGGAUUCCUUUGUGAAACAAACAUUGAUGAAUGUGCCAGCGAUCCAUGCAAGAAUGGCGCCACUUGCAAGGAUGGUGUAAACGAGUUUUCCUGCACAUGCGCAGAAGGUUUCACCGGAGAUCUCUGCGAAACUAACAUUAAUCACUGUGCCAGCGAUCCAUGUCAGAAUGGUGCCACUUGCCAGGAUGGUAUGAACGAGGUUUCAUGCACCUGCGCAGAAGGCUUCACAGGACCUUUCUGUGACUCCAACAUUGAUGAGUGUGCCAGCGAUCCAUGUCUUAAUGGCGCCACUUGCCAGGAUGGUAUCAACGAGGUUUUCUGCACAUGUGCAGAAGGAUUCACUGGACCACGCUGUGAAACCAUUCUGCCCAAGAAUCCAUGUGAUAGCGACCCGUGUAUGAAUGACGGCAUCUGCAUCCCGGAAGCGGACAGUUUCAGCUGUGACUGCGCUCAAGGCUUCCAGGGAAACACGUGUGAAAUAAAUAUUGACGAGUGUGCCAGCGAUCCAUGCCAAAAUGGCGGCAACUGCGUGGACAGUAUCAACAAGGUGUCCUGCACAUGCGCAAAAGGAUACACCGGUGUUCUUUGUCAGACAAAGUCGAAUGGCUGUAUCAAAAAUCCCUGCAAAAAUGGAAUUUGCAUUAAAGAUCGUAUUGGAGGCUCAGUAUGCGUUUGUUCCCGAGGCUACGAGGGUGCCGCGUGUGAGAUCAAUACUGACGAGUGUACCAGCGGUCCAUGUCAGAAUGGUGCCGCAUGCGUGGACGGUAUCAACCGGGUAACCUGCAAGUGUCGUCAGGGAUUCUACGGGACUUUGUGUGAAUCGAGGUCGCAAGCUCAAGCACCAUUCCAAUUGGGCAAUCAGAUGAUACCUAUACAAAUGCCUGAAGUAAACUCGGAGACGUCUGUACUGCAGGUGAAUCUCAUCACAGCAUACUGCAUCAAGAAGGUCGUGGUGAAGAAGCAUGGGGACUGUACCAGCGAUCGUUUGACCGGUGCCGUGGUCCGUGCAGGGACCAGCGCUACCGGGCUCAACAACGGUAUAUGCGGCUCCGCCCUGACCGCCCAGCAAGCUGAAGUGCGCAGGUCUACCGUGGACUUCGUGUGCGACCCUCCCUUGACGGCCCAGUUUGUCACCGUGGAUAUCCCACUGCUGCGAGUCACCCAACCGAACACGUGUGAAGUGACGGUCGAGCAGGCGAUCCCGGGACCGUGCUAAAUUUCACAGGAUCAGACAUUGAAAGGAGUAUCUACAAAUACGGACAUAGGCAGGGGCGGAUCCAGAGUGGUGG